AUGGCCCCCGUAACGCGUCGCGCUUCUAAGCUCAAUCACGAAGUCAUCGUUAUCCACGACCCAGACUCAGAGCCAGAAGACGUAGAACACCAAACAAAGAAACGGAAGCUUGUUGCCACUGCUGCGGUGGUUUCUGCCCCUUUGUCCCCUGACUUUGAGAUGCAUAGCGGCCAUGACUACGAUAUGGCACAGAUUGCAAGUUCCUCGUCCUCCUCGUCUACUAGGGAAUCAAUUGUGACCCUUCCUACGCCACCCACUCGAAAUAUCGCGAAGAACGCGUCUUUGAAAGGGCGACGGCGCUUUAAAGCGGAUCUCGCAGACAUGGUAGAGGAAUGCGCGAAUGGCUUUGUGUUAGAUGGCUUAAAACUCGAGCAUUGUAGCGCGGGGGAGGACGAGGGCUCGUUCGAGCUUACGAUCAAAGACAUAGAGAAUAAGAUAGGCCUACUCCAACUCAAUGUCUUCGUCUCAGAUACUUCGGAUUACCCCUCUAGCCAUUCGGUCUUCGCAGCAUCGUCUACUCACAAUCUACCUGACUCUGUGCAGGGUGCCAUUGAGUCUGUAGCUGAUUUCUCUCCUCAACCCAUCGAAUCCAUGAUCUCGAAAUUACUCUCAACGCUCUCGAGGAGACUUCAACGCGUGAAAGAUCAGGGCGAUCACGAAAUGUCUGACCCUGAGGAAGGUAGCGACGAUGAGGAUGAGUAUGAAGGUUAUGAAAGCUUCGAUGAUGAUAGGUUCUCUAAUGUUCGCAAAGCGGAAGCUCGACCACAUGCUCCCUUGGCUCGGAUUCAUAAGGACUUCACCGAGACAGUGGCUGCCGGAUACCGACCUGGCUUCACUCGUUUUCUUGGUGGCGACUACUGCAUUAGCAUAUCCCUGCCUAUCGUCUCCUUGACCGAGAUGAUUCCGCCUCGCGCGCUCAUGGCCUGGGACCGACGUAUACUUUCUCGCCGACAGCAUCUAACCCUUUUGAUGUCUGGCUUUCAUGGACAUUAUCCACCUCUUGCAGCUGAUGGACGCUACUACACGGAAGCUACGAACUCGGGUACCUCGAUAGCUUUCAGGGUAGGCUUAUCGAGUACAUAUAAAGCCAGUGCUAAGGAGGCAAAAGAAGCUUUCCGCACUUUUGGCCUAGUCUCGAACGACAUCCGGGAAUCAACUACAACGGAGCCUAAUGAAGAAGCGAAAGACGAUGGCCGAUUUGAAACUUUUAGCUUGAGCACACCGUUGGAUACUUUGAUGAAUACCUACUUCUUGAAGAUUAUCCAAUUGAGACGCAAGUUUGGGUUGGGAUGGUCCGCCGCGGAAUUCCUCUGUUCGUUGGUGGAACAGAAACAACUUUCGCCUGAGGACGUAUAUCAAGGCAAUUAUGAGGCCAUCCUAGCGGAAGACGAAGAAGAGCGAAACCUGGGAGUGACCUAUGUGCUUCCAGAUGAUCCGUUGGCAGACUUAAACCCGACAGAGGAGUUCAAUCUACCUCUAGUCGCAUUCUCCUACCUUCUUCGUCGAAUCCAGUUUAUUGCGCGCUAUUGCGUGGUGUGCCACAACAAGACGAGGGCCCAAUUUGAAGCUCUAAAGCCAUAUGUAUGCGACUCGAAGUUGUGCUCGUACCAAUACUACGCAUAUAACCAAGGGCCGUCUCUCGAGUACGAGAUCAUCCACAAUACGGAAAUGGUGGACCUCCUGGUUGCACUCGCUUACUCGGCGGCGGCGGAAGGGGUAAUGGACGAUCCUUUGCCAAUUGGCAUGGCGUUACGAGUAGCGUUACCAACGCGUACGGUGCCAGGUGCUUGGUUAGCCCAGAUGCCUUCACUUCAAGCUACCGCGACUGAGGAACCGCUGACCCCGGACGAAGAUGGUCUCUACGAUUUCGAUCAACUCUCAAAGCAUAAGAUGAGAAUGGCGAUAGCGGAGCUCAUCAAUUCUUUGCCUCCAAUUGAGAAAAUGAAGAAGCAUUUGCAACAGAAACCCCACCCUGGGUCUUCCAAACCAAAGCUGAAGGACCUCGACCCUGCCAUUCUCCCCGCUGCCUGGUCUGUUCUCAGAUGGUGUGUGGCAUCCUGUACGGCUCAUUUAGAGGAGCUCAAAGGCGACAAUAUCGUCGGCAACAUUGACCCAUCCUGGAGGCAAUUCCGUUUCAGUGUCGGUGCACCUGACGCGGAAGCGAAAUUCAAAACUGCCAUCCAUGCGGCGCAAGGACGGUGCAAAAACGCGAAGAAGUUUCCUACUCUUUAUGCUUUCCACGGUUCCCCCAUGAAGAACUGGCAUUCCAUAGUUCGACAUGGCCUAUGGUACAAAGAGGUCACCCACGGACGAGCUUAUGGCCAUGGUGUCUACUUGGCGAAGGACGGUUCCAUAUCCAUGGGGUAUGGCCAGCCGACCGUCACUGCCUGGAGGAAUAGCGAAAUCCUUCCUUCGAGUUGCAUAGCUUUGGCAGAAGUCGUGAACGUCCCAAAGGAGUUCGUCAGCCACAACCCGUAUUAUGUCGUCCAGGAUACGAACUGGAUCAUGUGUCGCUACCUUCUAGUGAAAGGAAACCUUCGCGCGGACGAAGAAUCACCUCCCGAAUCCGACGCACCCUCUGCUAAUGACCCUCCCCAAGCCGCCAGUGCUGUGCCACCCAAUGUUCCCAUAGAUCCGAAAGCCGCUGUUACUCUCAAUAACAAGGCCAUAAUCAUCCCCGAACCCACUUUCCAAAUUGAGCGGCUCGUGGCCGCCCGUCGAGACGAACAUGUGGAAGAAGAAAACGAUGAAGAAGACCAGGAAAUUUUCAACUGGGAAGCCGAACCGGUUGCCCCAACCCAAGGUUCAGGUUCACAACCCGUGCCCGACUGGACACCAAAUCGGGAUUAUGUCCGCCAAGCCGUAGCGAACCUAAUGCCACCUCCUCUUGAGGCAUCGACGGCCGCAACGACGGCAGUCCAAAGAGAACUACGUGACAUGCUGAAAGAACAAAAGGCGGCGAGUAGGAGACCAGGAGGCCUCCGUGAGCUGGGUUGGUUCUUGCCAAGCUUGGGCGAGGAUGACGAUGAUGAAGGUGGCGGAAUCAUGGAUAACCUAUUCCAGUGGAUUGUCGAACUACAUUCUUUCGACGAGAGCUUGCCCCUCACCGAGCAGAUGAAGUCAAAGGGAAUCAAUUCGCUGAUCUUUGAAAUCCGAUUUCCCCCAAACUUUCCCCAUUCCCCUCCCUUCUUUAGACUACUUACUCCUAGAUUUCUGGGGUUUUCGCAAGGAGGGGGCGGUCAUAUUACACUCGGCGGUUCCAUAUGUAUGGAUCUCUUGACUGCCGAUGGAUGGCUGCCUAGUUACGGCAUUUCUUCUGUGCUGCUGCAAAUCAGGCUUGCGAUAUCCAAUUUAGAACCCUUCCCUGCGAAGCUAGCUCGUGAUUGGGAUAGACCUUACGGUAUAUUGGAAGCCCUCGACGGAUAUAAACGUGCGGCGUUGACGCAUGGGUGGAAGAUUCCUAAAGGUUUGGAUAGACUGGCGCGUUGA